GACCUCCACAGCUAGGCACCCGGGGGCAUCCCCAUGCCCACUCUUUUAAUAAAAACAAAGCCAGCCGUGAACGUGCAAGGGAGACAACGGCAGAUAACAAGUCAGGAGCCCCGAGUGCCAACACUGCUGUUACUUUCCAUAUGGAAAGUGGGAAAGAAAAAUGUGUCUUGGAUCUCCAGGACUCCAGGGAAGGACAGACUGUAAGAGAGUUUAUCAAGAUGAUGGAUCAGAAGAAGGAAGAAGCAGAACCCCAGAAAAUAUGGAAAGAAAAGGAGAUUCAUAAAAGAGCAGAGAUUCAGGAAGAAGACUCCCCAGAGAAGGAAAUCACAGCAGAAGGUCAUCCAAUAGAUACUGCUCCACGUGAGGCUAGUAACGGUGAAUCUGUAGUUGUUGUGGAGCAGGACUCUACUGACAACCUUUCCGAUAGUGACAAGGUACCCAAAGCCACUAUCUGUCCUGACUGUGGAAAAAGUUUUAGCAACAGCUCUCAUCUGGUUCGGCACCGUCGUGUCCAUACAGGGGAGAAACCUUAUAAAUGCCCCCACUGUGACAAGAGCUACCGCCAAGAUUCUCACCUGGUCCAGCAUAUGCGCUCUCACACAGGUGAGAAGCCAUACCGCUGUACUCAUUGUGGCAAAGGCUUCUCGCAGAGUUCCAAUCUCAUCAUCCAUCAGCGGACACACACUGGUGAACGCCCCUUCACCUGUCCCGAAUGUGGGCGGAGCUUCAGCCAUAGUUCCGAUCUCAUCCAGCACAAGCGGAUCCACACAGGCGAGAAGCCCUACGUCUGUUCCAUCUGCGGGAAAUGCUUUUCGCAGAGCUCUAAGGUCACCCAACACAAGCGUUUCCACUCUGGGGAACGACCCUUUUCCUGCGGGGAGUGUACCAAGACAUUCCGCCUUCGUGCUGACCUGGUCCGCCAUCUCCGUGCCCACACUGGCGAGCGGCCCUUUGGUUGUCCUGAGUGUGGGAAGCACUUCGCUGAGAGUUCCCAUCUCAUCCGUCACCAGAGGAUCCACAUGAGCGAGCGGCCCUUCCGCUGUCCGGACUGUGGGAAGGGGUUUAACCAGAGCUCCAACCUCCAGCAGCAUCAGAGAGUGCACAGAGGCCAGAAACCCUUCAAAUGCGAUGAGUGCGGGAAAGGGUUUGGCGUAAGCUCAGCCCUCUUGCAACAUCAGCGCACGCACACUGGCGAACGGCCCUACUGCUGCAGUCAGUGUGGGAAGAGCUUCAGCGUCAGCUCCACCUAUUAUAUACACCAGCGUAUCCAUGCUGGCCAAAAGCCCUACUCCUGUGCUGACUGCGGGAAAGGCUUUGUGCGUAGCUCCGCUCUCCUCCAGCACCAAGCCACCCACACUGGUGAAAAGCCCUUCCGUUGCCCUUACUGCGGGAGGGGCUUUGGCCAGAAGUCAGCACUUUCUCAGCACAGGCGGGCCCACGUGAGGCGAGGAGAGACAUUGGCUUUGGUGGAGGGGUGGGAAGCUGCAGGGAUCGAAGGUGUUGGGGAGCAAGGAAUGGAAGGAGGCAUGGACAGCAUGUGGCAAGGCAAUGGGCUAGGGAUAAUGGAGCAGGAGUGGCAAGAGGAAGAAAACAUGAGGCAGGAAUGGGAGGACGAGGGGGAGGAGACCGAGAGGCCAGACUGGCAAGAAGAUGUUGAUGAAAGCGUUGAGCCGCAAUUGCAAGAUGAUGGUGAAGACAGCAUGAGGCAGGGUCGGGAGGGCGGUAUAGAGAAAGCCAUGAGGGUAGAAUGGCAGGAGGAGGAGGGGGAGAUUGUGGAGCCGAGUUUGCAGGAUAGUGGUACAGACAGCAUGAGGCUGGAGUGUCAGGAGGAUGAUGACGAGAAGGCGGAGGAGGAUUUGCAAGACGAAGAUCCCGACGGCAUGAGGCUGGAGUGUCAGGAUGACGAUGACGACGACGGAAGUGCAGAGGAGGGUUUCCUGGGUGGUGGAGAUCGGAACUUGAGGGAGGCAUGUCGGGAUGACAGUGCGGAGCAAGAGUGGCAGGAUGACACAGACCAAAGCACAAGAGAAGAAUGGGAGGGGUGUGCCUCAGGCGACAAGAUCAGACAGCAGGCCGCAGGUGUGCAACCAGAGUGGCAGGACAGUGGGGAGGAUGGUGAGGGACAGAGCUGGCAGGGAGAUGAUGAGGAUAACUUGGGGGAGAAAAGUUGGAGACAGGGUGGUCAGGAGGAAGAGCAGGAGGAGAUUGUGGAAUUAAAGUGACUGGUGGGGCUUUAGUGGACAAGGGUAUGCGAAUGGUUUGCCAAGGGAGUGCAUAUUACAGCCAAAAACCAGCAAGUCGUUGACACAGAAGUGGAGAGAAAUAUCGAAGGUCCAUCAACACAAAGCAGUCUUGGUGGUUCCGCGAUCCACAUGGCCGUAAGCGUAUUUGUGGGAGAUUGUGUUGGGGUUGCUUUCCACUUGAAAAAUGCUCCUCACCCCAAUACCCGCAUGCCUGUGAUGGGUGGCAUCAAACAGCUGCCUCAUGGUCAAGCUCUGUGAUGAUCUAACUCCUCGUCUUGUUGCAAGUCCUGUGCCAUUUGCUGAUCAAAUUAAUUCCAAAUCGGGUGACUUUAAAAUUUCACCGUUCAGUUAUGUACAUGGUGUGCCACAUUCCCCAACACGAACUGUGGUUGCAUCCCAAAACACAGAUUCUCUGUUUCCUUCCUAUCGCUACCCCAAAUGCAGAGGCAAUUGCAUUGUCAAUGGAACCAGCCUGAUGGCACAUCAUACACACAGCACAUUGUGCUGUAGUGAAAUAGCAUAUAACUGUCUUCUGCCAUGAGCUCUUAGAGACUUCAUUUUUUGAUCAGAGGAACUAGUAGAUCUCAUGGCAGUAGACUGUAAUAGUGUUAUAACAUUAUUGCACAAUAGUGUAAUAGCAAUUACUGACUUUUUCUGCCUUUUUCGUUUUUACAAAAAAAACCUGUUGUCAUGCUGGAGAAAAUGGUAGUCACCACGGGAGUCACAGAAGGACAACGGGGCUGACAUAGGCAGGCCCAUCCAAAAGGCACGCUUCCCAUCCAGGUGGAUAUGCUUGGACUGCUUUCUUUCUGGGAAGCUCAUGCCAACCCAGGUUUAAAUAAAAAUGUAGACAGGACAUCCUGGAAAAUGGGCAAUUACAGGAGGAGGAUGUGUGUUUGCUCACUGCUGCAGUUUGGAAGCCAAGGCAAAGGAAAGCCUCUGUGGAGAUGCAUCCUUUGCUCUUAUUGAAAAUGGAUCAUGGUCCCCCUCGUAGGUAGGUGCCUUUUUGUAAAGAGGUGGGCGCCUUUCCCUGCUAUGUGAGCAAAUUUUUGCUUCAUCCCCAGACUUGAUGUAAUAGGAAGGGCACUUUGCCUCAGGCUGAAAGCAUUGAAAUCAACGGCUAAAAGGUGCUUUCUGAGCAAAACAAAAACAUUAGCACCAUUUUAUUUCACUGUUACCGUUUUAUUAUUUAGGAGCCCAGAGGAAUCUGAGGCAAUAUGUAAAACUCCAGUAUUAACUAGAACAGCCUUUUAAACUCCCUUGCAUGCUGCACACCUUCCCCAAUGGUAGUUAUUUUUGUAACACUGAUUUACUGCUUUUAUUCAUGUUUCCCUCUUACGAACUAAUAAAUGCUCUUUUUGAUUCCA